AUGGCGGUCUUAUUUUUCCUCCUUCUGUUCCUAUGCCCAUCACCCCAGGCUGCUGCAGAGACUAUCCAGGCCAUAUAUGUGCCCUUGGGGGAGGCGAUGGAGCUACCAUGCCCCUUACCACUCAGCCUGUAUGGGGAUGAACUCCUGUCCUGGUUCCGUAGCUCUGCAGCAGGCUCCUCUACUGUCCUGGUGACCCAAACUCAAGUGGCUAGACCAGUCCUAGAUGCUGGGAAGCUUGGAAGGGAAUCAAGGCCAAAACUGCUGGGGAACUACUCUCUGUGGCUGGAGGGGACCAAGGAGAGGGAUGCUGGGCGGUACUGGUGUGCUGUGCUGGGUCAGCAUUACACAUACCAGAACUGGAGGGUGUACGACAUCUCUGUGCUCAGAGGCUCUCAGUUAUCUGCGAGGUCUGCAGAUGGAUCCCUCUGCUCUGUCCUCCUGUGCUCUGCAAUCCCCCCAAGAAGCCUGGACUCUGUCUCUUGGCUGGAGGGGAAGGGGCCUGUGAAGGGCCGGGUACAGUCCUUUUGGGGUGAGGGGGCUGCUCUGCUCUUAGUGUGCCCUGGGGAGGGGCUUCCUGAGCCCAGGGGCCGCAGACCAAGAAUCAUCCGCUGCCUUGUACCUCAGAACAAAGGGAUCAGUUUCAGCCUGGCAGCCUCCGUGGAUGCCUCUCCCGCUUUCUGUGCUCCCUCCACAGACUGGGAUGUGCCCUGGAUCCUUAUGCUGCUACUUGUGACAGGUCAGGGAGUCAUCAUCCUGGCCCUCAGCAUCCUGCUCUGGAGGUGCAGGGUCCAGGGGGCUCUGUACAGAGAUCCCUCGAUUCCUCAGUUCAAACCGGAAAUCCAGGUCUACGAGAACAUCCAUUUGGCCCAUCUCGGGCCACCUGCCCCCAAGACCAGGUGA